CAUGUGAUAGCAUGUGACUUUUACGUCAUCACAGCUACCGGUAGUGCUCUAUUCUAGGCAGGACCGUGUCAGGAGUCACCGGGGAGCUGACCGGGAGCAGAGGGCGCCCCGCAGUCACCAGCCUCUCCUCCGGUCACGGCUCACACCGUGUGUCCGCUCGGUACAACUGUCCGGGCUCCGGGAGGAGCUGCCGUGUGAUCCCUGAGUCACUGCCCGGAUGCCGGCUUGUAAUAUAAACAAUAGGUGCCUGUAGUGUCUUCCUGAGCAGGAACAUCCCCGGUACCGCAACCUCCGUCCUCCCGGUACAGGGCUCCCGGCCUCCUGCGGCAGAUCCGCCACUCACCCUGCAGACUGUGCGUUCUCUAUCCGGUACCGGAGCGUCCAGCCUGCUGUACUAUGAGGAGCUGUCUCACUGGACCUGACUUCAUCAAGGACAUAACCCGUCUGGGAGGAGCAGGAGUCUGACCUAUAGGAUAAAUGUCAUCUGGAACAUCACAACAGUCCUGCUUGGACGUCUGACCCUUAGAUCCUCUGUGAACCCUAGAAGAUCCCACAACAUUGGAUCCCUGAAGGAGAGACAACAAAACGAUUCCCACAACAAACAUUGAAUCAUGAGUAGAUCCCUAUAGUUACAGUGUGACCCUAGAAGAUCCCUAUAGUUACAGUGUGACCCUAGAAGAUCCCUAUAGUUACAGUGUGACCCUAGAAGAUCCCUAUAGUUACAGUGUGACCCUAGAAGAUCCCUAUAGUUACAGUGUGACCCUAGAAGAUCCCUAUAGUUACAGUGUGACCCUAGAAGAUCCCUAUAGUUACAGUGUGACCCUAGAAAGUCACUUUAACUGUAACCCAGGAAGAUCCCUAUAGUUACAGUGUGACCCUAGAAGAUCCCUAUAGUUACAGUGUGACCCUAGAAGAUCCCUAUAGUUACAGUGUGACCCUAGAAGAUCCCUAUAGUUACAGUGUGACCCUAGAAGAUCCCUAUAGUUACAGUGUGACCCUAGAAAGUCACUUUAACUGUAACCCAGGAAGAUCCCUAUAGUUACAGUGUGACCCUAGAAGAUCCCUAUAGUUACAGUGUGACCCUAGAAGAUCCCUAUAGUUACAGUGUGACCCUAGAAAGUCACUUUAACUGUAACCCAGGAAGAUCCCUAUAGUUACAGUGUGACCCUAGAAGAUCCCUAUAGUUACAGUGUGACCCUAGAAGAUCCCUAUAGUUAGUGUGACCCUAGAAGAUCCCUCUAACUGUGUAACCCAGUAAGAUCCCUAUAGUUAGUGUUACCCCAGAAGAUCCCACAACAUUGGAUCCCUGAAGGAGAGACAACAAAACGAUUCCCACAUAAAACAUUGAAUCAUGAGUAGAUCCCUCCAACUGUGUAACCCAAGAAGAUCCAAAUAGUUACUGUGCGACCCCAGAAAAUCCCUUACUAAAGGCGCCAUUUAAAAAGAUCCCUUGUACCAACAGUGUAACCCAAGAAGAUCCAUAUAAUUAGUUUGACACCAGAAGAUCUCUCUUACCCAGACCAUUACUCAAAAAGAUCCCUUGUACCAAUUUGAGAUCCCCCCCAUUGUUAUAGUGUAAAUCCAAAAGAUCCCUUUCACUAGGGAUGAUCCCAUAGUUACAUUGUGACACCAGAAGAUCCCUCUUAAAAAGAAUGUAACUUGGGAGAUCCUUCUUACCAAGUGUGACAUUCGAGAAGAUCCCUCUUGUUACAGUAACUCUGGGCAAUCCCUAUUGUUAUAACGUGACACCAGAAGAUCCCUCUUCCCAGGAGUGUAAAAUGAGAUGAUCCCUAUGUAGAACCCUGAUUCUCAUUACCGAAGAUUCUAGAUCAGAAUAUCCUUUUAUUUGUGACCGGUUCCUUUUGAAUAUAAUUUGAUUUGUAUCAUAUCUUGUGGAAGACAAACCCCCUCCGGCACAUAAAUAUACCCAUUUUUAUUAUGUUAAACCUGGAAUAACCUCUGUAAUUUUCUUUUUGUCACAUCCCCUUUUCUUAGUUGUGGUGGAUGAAUUCACAUACGUCAUUGUUUACAUUGAAUAAGACCGGUCUGGUAGGACGGUCUAGAUGACUUGUUCUUCCUGGUCACACUGGAAUAGCCAACCGGUGACACAUCUGCUGACAUAACAACAGGAGGCAGUAUCUCAGGUGGCAAGAUUUCAACACAUUUGUUUUUACCAGAUGCAAUCUUUGUCUGAUGUGCCACUUAGGAUAUAGGAAACCGAAUCUUUGCUGUACGGCGUUUUAGAUCACCGAUGGGCAUUUGAAUAUUUCUAGGCCUAUUGGCAUUGUUUAGUUUUAAUGGAAAUACUGUGCAAUAAGCCUAAUUCUUUGCACUAGUAAAUAUUUUUAAUAGUCAUUUUUGUUUUGAAACAAUAUUUAGCUCUUCAGUAAAUAUAACCAUAGCCUUUAAGAUUUAAAAAAAGAAGUUUAGGUUUUAGCCUAUAGAUAGAUGAUGAAUAGCCAGGGCCCAUCAGGUGAUAAAGCGAAUAGCCAGGGCCCAUCGGGUGAAAAAGCGAUCAUGACUGCUCUUAUGUGCCAGGAGAACUUUGCGUGUUCUGGAGGCGAAGAAGCCGCGUUCGAGUGUGACGAAUGUAACACGUUACAGUGCCAGCGGUGUGAGGAAGUUCUGCACAAGCAAGAGAGACUUCAGAACCACGAGCGGACACGGAUAUCACCUGGCUACGUCCCCUAUUGCUCCUCUUGUAAAGGGGCAAACAAUGGCAGUGCCACCGGAGCGAGAGCUCGGGCAGCUGUACGGUGUCUCUCUUGCAAAAUCGAUCUCUGUUCUGACUGUCAGAAGCGUACUCAUUCUGGGGGGAACAAACGGAAGCAUCAAGUCACGGUUUACCAAACUAUAAAGAACCCUGAACCUCAGGAAGGUCCAAAGGAGGAUGCGGAGACCCUGAAGAAGAAGAUGACCGAGAAAGUCGCCAGUUUCCUUCUUGUGGAUGAAACGGAGCAGAUUCAGGUGGAAGAUGAAGAGGAUUUCUUGAGAAAACUAGAUUGCAAACCUGAAGAUUUAUUAAAAGUUGUCUCAAUUUUUGGAAACACUGGCGAUGGCAAAUCUCACACUCUCAACCACACGUUCUUCUAUGGACGAGAAGUUUUCAAAACUUCUCCUACCCAAGAAUCCUGCACAGUUGGUGUUUGGGCAGCGUUAGAUCCUGUCCAUAAGGUUGUAGUCAUUGACACAGAAGGACUGCUUGGAGCCACUGUCAACCUGAGUCAGAGAACUCGGUUGCUUCUUAAAGUCUUAGCCAUUUCAGAUCUGGUUAUCUAUAGAACUCAUGCAGAUCGUCUGCACAAUGAUCUGUUCAAGUUCCUCGGUGAUGCCUCUGAAGCCUACUUGAAACAUUUUACUAAAGAGCUGAAAGCUACCACUGCACGCUGUGGUUUAGAUGUGCCGCUUUCAACUUUGGGACCUGGAGUCAUCAUCUUUCAUGAAACUGUACACACCAAACUGUUAGGAUCAGAAAAGGCCUCCGAAAUACCAGAGAAGGUCAUUCAGGACCGCUUCCGUAGGCUUGGUCGUUUCCCAGAAGCCUUCAGCUCCAUACAUUAUAAAGGAACCCGUACCUACAACCCACCCACCGACUUCUCAGGCCUUAGACGUUCAAUCGAGCAGCAGCUGGAAAACAACACUACACGAUCGUCUCGUCAUCCUGGGGUCAUCUACAAAGCUUUAAAGGCAUUGAGCGAUCGCUUUAGUGGUGAAAUACCCGAUGACCAAAUGACACAUAGCUGUUUCUUCCCUGAUGAGUAUUUUACCUGCUCCUGCCUGUGUCUUAGCUGUGGAGCAGGAUGUAAGAACAGUAUGAACCACUGCAAGGAGGGAGUUCCUCAUGACACGUCAAGACGCUGCAGAUACUCGCACCAGUAUGACAACAGAGUGUUUACUUGUAAGGCUUGCUACGAAAGUGGCAGAGAGAUGAAUGUGGUACCCAAAACCUCUGCAUCCACAGACUCCCCUUGGCUCGGCCUUGCCAAGUAUGCCUGGUCUGGAUAUGUAAUUGAGUGUCCAAACUGUGGAGUGAUCUAUCGCAGUCGCCAGUACUGGUUUGGAAAUCAGGAUCCAGUUGAUACUAUUGUGCGCACAGAAAUACAGCAUGUCUGGCCAGAUUCUGAUGGAUUCCUAAAGGAUAACAAUAAUGCGGCACAGCGUCUUCUGGAUGGUGUGAAUUUCAUGGCUCAGUCUGUAACUGAACUAAGUAUUGGACCCACAAAAGCAGUGACCUCAUGGUUGACCGAUCAGAUUGCCCCGGCCUACUGGAAACCUAACUCCCAAAUUCUGGAAUGUACAAAAUGCAAAAUCCCUUUUAAAGAUAAUGACACUAAACAUCAUUGCCGGGCCUGCGGAGAGGGCUUCUGCGACAGCUGCUCAUCUAAAAGCCGUCCAGUGCCUGAACGAGGUUGGGGUCUGUCCCCGGUGCGUGUAUGUGACUGCUGCUAUGACGGUAGAGGAACAAACACUGUUGCUGAUGGCAGUGAAGAUGAUGAAGGAGGUACGGUCAUUGCAAGAAAAGUUGGUGAAGCUGUACAGAACACACUGGGAGCAGUGGCAACGGCUAUUGACAUUCCUUUAGGCCUAAUGAAAGACGCAGCAAGACCUACAUACUGGAUUCCAGACCACGAGAUCACACACUGCUUCAACUGCAAGAAAGACUUUAACAUCAAACUCUCCAAACACCAUUGUCGGGCUUGUGGCCAGGGCUUCUGCGGAGACUGUUCGAGUGAUAAAAGACCAGUACCCUCCCGGGGCUGGGAUCAUCCUGUCCGUGUGUGCGUUACCUGCAAUAAGAAACCUGCUGAUCUAUAACCAUACUUCAUUACCAUAGUUCACAACUCAGUACCUACUCAGGGCUAGAUAAUAAUGGAACCUACCUUCAUCGGUAGGCUUCUUUACCAAUGCAUGCUCUGACCUAUCAGCUGUGGUCUCAUCAUCAUCAUCAUCAUCAUCCUUAUUAUUAAGAUCAUUAUCAUAUUAAGAUGGCACCAAACGUGCUCUGUUUAGGAGACUGAAAAAGCAUAUAUUCUGCACUUUGUAACGUUGGAAUAAAAAUCAACUUCGUACGCACCUUGCUGCUUCACCUUGCUAGGACUUUUUUUUUUUUUGUUCUUUAUUUCUGGAUCUCUUUAGUAUGAAAUCUAAGAUACCUCUCUGCCUACAGGAACAUAUUUUUAUUUCAGCACCAUUUUACUUUAUUUUGACAACACGAUUCUGCUCCUGCCAUAAAAAGAAGAGUUCUAAUACUACUUAAGACUUUGUGUAUGUACGUAUGUAAAUUUAUAUGUGAAAAUCUGAAAAACCUGUUCAUAUUCUUUUUAUUUUUUUUGCAACUUUAAAAAGAUCCCUUAAUAUAAGCUUGGGUCAUUCUGAGUUGCUGUGCACCCAAAUGUUGUGAUUUUGUACGUUCAGCCUACUCUUAAUAUCUCUAAGGAAUUUGGGAAAUAGAAUGCUAAUUAUUUAAGAACCAUAAUAAUUCCCCUAUCUACAUGAUUUUAGAUACUUAAUGUAUUUUUAAGUCCACCAGCCUCCCUGGUGAUCUGGGGUAGUGGAGGGGUUAAUACUUCCUUCCCUGGUGGGCUAGAGUAGUGGAAAGGGUAGGACAUCUCCAGCAAUAUUCUGUCUUUCUGACCGGACAACUGGUUGUGCACUUUGUGUUCAGCUUCCUCUUCCUUUGUAUCAGGAUACAUUCAUAGGAUUGUAUAGCUGUGGUUAAACAGCAAUACAAUUCAACCUAUGGCAGGGUUCACACAGGUUUUCUGUAAACAUAACCUAAAAUUGGCUUCAGCUUUUCAUGUAUAACCCUUUAGGGUACGUUCACACGUACAGGAUCAUGCACAGAUUUGAUGUGCAGGAUUGGAAACGGCAGAUUAGAAGCUGGGUUCAGUCAUUGAGUUUAAAUUGAAAUCUGCAGCAGAAAAUCCUGCGCAUCAAAUCUGCAUAAGUGAGAACGUACCCUUAAGGAAUUACCCUUUAAGGAAACGGGCAGCCUGGGGCUCUUACUUCUAGCUACGCUUAUUGACAAAAAAAAAAUAAUGCACUCCAAAAAUAGAAACUUGAGAUGAGUAAAUGUAAUGAUGAUUACAGCAUUAGAGGAUAAGUGUAUUGGGGAAAAUUAUACAUUUAAAAGGAGGCUCCUAGUACUCCUAGAUACAGGAUGAGAUAUGGUUGGGCAUGGAGGCAUACAGGUCCCUUAUGACAUUUGACAUGUCGCAGCUGGUACUGUAGAUGCUGCACAUUUGUUGGUUGGUGGAAACAUUCCAAGGAAACCCUUGGUGUGUGUGGGUGAGCAUUAUCCUGCUGAAAGACGGCACUUAGUUUUCAUGAGAGGCAGCACACGUGGCCACAGGAUGUCCUGCACAUAUCACUGAGCUGUUAGUGUCCCUCUUAUUGACCUGUCGUAUGCCGUGGCUUCCCAGAUCAUCUCACCAUCAGUGUGCCGUUCAACAGCAACCUCAGGGAUGAAGUGUUUACCAUGAUUCCUGUAUAUUGCAAACCAACCAAUAGAUUCCAAAAAUAACCUGAAUUUGAAGACUAUAUGGUUCUAGAUCCUAGAGAUCUAAGUUUCUUGUUCACUACACCACUGUGGCCUUUUUCUAAGUGACCAUCCUGCUUCUCUCAGUCCAGUGAAGCGCUACCUUUCAACGUCUUUCAACUGGGCAAAACUUCUUUAGGUGUGGGGGUAGAGACAUAUCUAGCAGUCAACAAUCUCUUACCAGGAAGUACAAUAUCCACAAGUAGCCUCUGAAAGCCUAUUUAUAGGACAGCAGGGCACUUUUAUGCUCUCUUGUGGCAAGACUCAGUGUAUAAUUGAUCAUGCCUGUAAUCAUUCAUAUAACUGUCUGCUGAGUUUUGCAGCAAUCCAACACUUCUAUAUGGGUGUGUUAUUUUAUUUUAGUCAAUGAGUGUAUAGGAUGCAAAAAAUGUGAUCAUCUAAUCCAAUAAACAGUAUAUUUUAUAGAUGAAGCUUAAUAUAAAGGUUACUGAACAUUAGUUACAAAAUGGCACAUAUAAAGUUGCCAAUAUUGGCAGAAUGUGCCUAAGACUUUAGCAUGUAUAAUUUACAUAGGCAACAAAAAGUUUAUUCCAUAGCGUUAGCUGACUGACCUGUACAAUCCCUUUUAUUUCAUAGUUAAAAACUGAUGAGAUUCAGUUAUGAAUUUGUUAUAGGAAUUAUUAGGAAUGUCAUCCCUAUGCCUAGGUCACAAGAACCGUCUAUGAAUCCAUCCUUGACUGCUUUAAUUUUUAAGGUGUAACUUUAUCAAUAAUUAUCAAGAAUGUAAUCCUUAAAAAAAUAAAAUAUUUCUCGGGAGCUCUUGAUUGGGGGGGGACACCUUAACAAUGGGUAUAUGCUCUUGCCACUAGGAGGUGCUGACACUAAGGGAAAAAAAGUCUGCUCCUCCCUGGCAGGAUAUACCCGCCCACUGGACGUGAGGUAAUCCGUUUAGCUUAGUGCCAGGAGGAGGCAAGACACAGGUCUGGAGUUCUCCAGACCUGGUCUUCUUUUAUUAUUUUCUAGUAAGGGCUGUUUAUUUAGGUUUUUUCCUCCCUUUUGUUUCUCAUUUUCAAGUGGGGGUUCAGGAGCAUGGUGCUACCUGUUCCCCCAUAUGCGACAAAGGGGCACGGAACAUAAGAGUAUGGGUCGUCAACCCCUUAUCGCCAACAGCCAGCGCCAGGGGUAAUACCCUGGGUCCGGGUCUCCCUAUGGUCCCUGCUCACCCCGUUAUCUUAGCCUGGUAUGAUGCAGGUGAUACCUAGCUGGUUGAAGUCAUCGGUAGGUGAGUUUUGGUGGGUUUGGUAAGUAUUCCCCCCCCCCUCUCCAUUUCUACUUGGGAGCUGAUCUUCAUUCUUUCUAGGGGGCUAUGCUUUCCUCUCCUGGGAGCCCAUACGAGGUUAAUAUUUUUCACUGGGGCCGGGGAUCCAAGAGUCCUCAUUUGGCACUGCACCCGCUACCUUUUCAGAGCUUACCGUGGCUUAUUUGCUGCACCAGUCCUCUCUCAGGUGGCUCACUGGUCUCUCCUCCUCUCGCUGCUGCACAAGUCCCCGUCGGGCGGCACGUCUGCCCGGUGAUACCUAUGGCUCCAGCUGCAGUCCCUGUCUCGAUUUAUGGCAGUACGGACGUCGUCCUUAGUUCCUUCCAGGGCGGCCACGUGCGCUGCUCUCAAAUCUCUCUCCCUCCUGCCAGGAGACAGCGUAGUGCUGUUUCGUUUCGGCCGUUUCCUGGGUGGGGAGGCUGGAACACCGGGGGUAUUUUAAUUAAGGCCGCGGCUUCGGCCUGCACAUAUGGGUGCGAACUCCGCCCGCUCCCCUUCGGCCGGCACGUUUUUAGGGUCCUCCCCCUCCCUCGCUAGCCUGUUGAAUUCUAGCGCACCAGGGGCCACUGACCUCCCUAUCAGUGUGGUGCGCAUGCUGUGGAGAGGUCCCUCUUACCGAGGCAAGCAACUGGUCGCGUGCCUUUAUUCCUGGCAUACACUAAGGACGCCUUUGGGUUUCCUCCUCUGUCAGGUCCGUCGGCCACCCAUCAAGGGGGCGUUCUUGGCGUGUCAUACUAUAUGAUUCUACCCACCAAAGGCUCCCGCAUCCAUGGCUUGUACUCCAGAUCCUCACUUCCAGUGCAAGGUCUCCAUGGCAGGGUCCCUGCGUGAGCAUGGAUUGGACCUAAUAUCGAUAAGCUGCACAAUAGUUUUGCCUGUCUUAUAUCUCACAGCUGCCGCGCCUGGCAUUCCAGUACCCCACUGCUAGCGAGAGUGUCUCCUUGUAUAUUAUGGACCCAUACCAGUAAGCCAGACAGGGGUCUGCAUGGUUUCCUCCACCGCCUGAUGCUCAUUGGUCAACUACCAUACACUAACCCCAACGUGGUUGGAAGUUCAGGUAAUCAACUGCCAAGAUGAAGUUUCGAGUGAGUCACCCCAUGUUGCUUUAUGGGCUCUAUACUAUGCACCACAUACUGGUUCACAGGGUUCCCUACUUUACUAGGUCCCUCUCUACAUGCCUGCUGCUCUCCCGGCUCAUAACCCGCUUUCAGUGUGUGGUUCUGACUGCGAGACCUGGUGUGGCCAUGGUCCCUAUGCCAGAUAGCCAGACUGUGUCUGCAUGGUUUUCUAAUCCACCAGGUCACCCCCCCCCUUUUCCUGCCACUCACGCGGCUGCAGUCUGGGGACUCUCUUUCCAUGUGAAGGUCCAAAACGGAUGUGUCUGUGGGUUUAUUGGAACUUUUAUAUCUGUAAGUUAGACUGUCUCUGCAUUUUUCCUGCCCCACAUACAUCCUCUCCCUCUCUUGCAUCUGCGACAGCAGUCCUGGUGUGUGGCACCAUUAGGAGAUGGGGUGUGGGCGUUUCCUGCAGGUUUUCCUAGAUUUCCAGGUUUUCCUGGAGCCCCCUCCCCCAUGUCUCCAGGUAUCUUCCUGGGUUCCUGUGCAGGGUGGCUCAGGCGUCUGCUCUCGUCUUAAACGUCGACCAGGAUUGCUUCGUUGCGCCCACCUGGUCCAGGGUUUUGCCCUGAUGAGGCCUUCCUUUGGACGCUGUUUAUCGUGUUUUGUGCUUUUUUUUUUUAAAUUGCAUUCAUAGUCUCAUCUUUCUUCUUGCCCAGCGCCUGUGUCCAGGGUUUUGAUCCAUCUGGGGCCACUAUUUGGCUCCUCAUGCAUCGAUAUGUUGUCGCAGGGUUCCUGGGGUUUUUGUUCACCCAGUAUUUUGUCUGUUGCCAUUGAGCAGCAUUUCCCUGCUCCUACAGUGCCUGGCGCAUUUUGACAAUACCCUUUCUACAGGAGGUAUGGGGAUCAGGGAGCUGGGCAUGGUCAGUGCCUGAGUCUCAUCUCACCCACUCCUUGCUUUCCCGUCCCCUGGGGUCCUAUUUCUUUGAGCACUUUCUACUCUACUGCUGCUCACGUAGCCUUGGCACUCUCCUCUGUUGGAGAUGUUCAUGCAUUCUUAUAGGGCCUGUUGUUGGGUCCUGCCAUUGCUCUCCUCCCUCAGUACUUUCUCCCUGAAAGUCUGUGUUCAUUCUUCUCUUGACAGUGUCAGUUGCGCUACACUGACACUUCAGUCUUCAGUCCAUGUGCUCAGGACCUGGGAGUUCUAACUGGGUUCCUUUUUGUUUCUCCAUCCGUUCCCGUGCUGACGGGAUCUGGCUUCGUAAUGCUCCGGUCAGCUUGGACCACUGGGGUCCAAGGCUGGUUGGUCUAUUUGUCUUGGAUUCUAUCCUUGGUUGCUAUGGCGUGCCUUCUUCCCUAGGUCUGCCCUCCUGAUUGUUGGGCCUUAGUGAGACUUGGGGUCUCUGGCAUGUGUAGCGAUCCUGCUCAGACUUCCCUGCAAGCCCAUUUGCGAGGCAAUCUUUCUGUGUCACACUUCCUCUUGUCUCGACAUGACAUUUGGCCACCUGAGCGUUUCGUGGACGUUUGGUUUACUUACUCUCAAGGUGCAAGUCUCCCAGGACCCUCCAUUUCUCUUGUCGGCCGUUCCAGUGUUCCGGGAUGCUCCUUUUCAGGGUUUUCUGCUCCUUUCUUUACCGUUAAUCCCUUUUUGGCCAUUGUUGCUUACUUUCUUUCUCCUCCUUCGGGGUCCAUGUAUCCCAAGAUGGGGGGAGUGUUCCGGUUUUCCAGAUUACACCAGUCGAGCUGUUUUUGCCUCCCGGGUGCUUGCGUUGGGCCCCUGGGACAGGGUUUUUGUGUAUGCAGCUGGUCAGGUCAUUGUUUUUCUGCACCAAGCCUCCCUGGAGCCGCUUUCCAUCUCUCAUUUUUUCCAGUGGUUUUCUGGUCCCCACCUUCUGUGCUCGCCUUCUGCUCGGCGUACGCUGCCUUGGCGUGUUUUCUGCCAUUUUCUUGUUGUGCCCUUUUUCAAUUUUUUUGUUUCCCAUGGACAUCUGGCUUUGUGGUUGAUCUUUUCUUGUCUGUCUAUUUGGACAGUAGGUUUAGAGUAUCUACAAUGGACAGUCCCUUCCCUUUGCGUCCUAGUCCAUAGCUCCAUGGACGGGGGAUCUUCCAGGAGCUCAGUUUCUGGACCUUGGUUGUCUCUGGCCCGGGGUCUCGUCCGCAGACCCUACGGUUGAGUGGGUUCGGUCUCAGGACUGUUUCCCUUUCUCUCUGGUGAUUGUUCUUCCCACCCUUGGGGACUGCUUUGGUACGUCCCAUCAGUAAGGUGUCCCCCAAUGAAGAGCAACCAAGAAAAGGAGAUUUUUUUGUACUCCCCGUAAAAUCUUCUCUUCAUUGGGGGGACACUGCACCCACCCAUUUCCGGUUCUUGUUUUUUUUUUGUCCUGGAUUCUUUUCGGGGUUCUUCGGACACAUUUCUGUUUUGGCUUUUCCUACUGCUUUGUGACAAAACUGAUUACCUCACUUCCAGUGGGCGGGUAUAUCCUGUCAGGGAGGAGCCAACUUUUUUUCCUUAGAGUCAGUGCCUCCUAGUGGCAAGAGCAUAUACCCAUCAGUAAGGUGUCCCCCAAUGAAGGCUAUAUGAGAGUACAAAAAAAUUUCUAUCUGAUAUACCCAAGUUUUAUUAUUUGUAUUGUUGCCUACUCCAAGAAGGGGGAACAUGCAACACAGUAUUGCUUUCUGUUAUGAGUGUUUGAAUUGUUGCUUGAUUUUAAUUUAUUGUCUUCCCUAUGAUAAAAUAUACAGGAAUAGAAACUUAUUUUUAUCUGUAAGUGCCUUUUUGCAAGUCUGUAAAAGAAAAAUGCAUUUUUUUCCCUCCCUCUGUUUUUCAGUGGUACUUCAUAAAGGCGGUAACUGGUUUGUCUUUAUACUUGACUUUAUAGAUUGUCUUUUAUUCCAUCACUUCUAUUGCUGCUGUCUUUUUGAGGCCAGUUUUAGAUAGGGUAUUUUAAAUCCAUAAUGUUAUCUUUCACAGUCUGUGUUAUGGAGCUAUUCACAAAGCCAUAUAAAAUGUGCAUAUUUAAAAAAAAAAAAAAAAAAAAAAAAUACAGCAUGUGCUACUUUUAUCUGUUUAGUGGAUGGAAUACAAUAGUUGAAGUCUAUGGAGAAGGAUUAAAAUAUGCAUGUAUUUGAUUUGUAUUGCAGGUGUAUUUUCACUUAUUUUGUCAUGCACUUAUCAAAGCAUAAUUUAAUGUUCUGUCGACAAGACUCCCAUUAAAAAUACAGAUGAAAUAAUCAUCUGAAGCCAACCUUUCUCCAGAAUCCCCUUCUAGAUCAGUGUUUUCUAACAGUGUGUCUCCAGCUGUUGCAUAACUACAACUUCCAUCAAGCUUUUGGCUGUCCGGACAUUCUAGGAGUUGCAGUAUUGAAGGCACCCUGGUUGGGAAACACUUCUUUAGAGAAGGAACUAUUUGCAGCUCUUUUACACAAAUAUAUAUAUAUAAAA